UUGACAUGUCCAAAAAGCUUGAUGAAGAAAGCCGAUUGUAUGACACAGAUCGUCAUGACCCAACAGGAUCCUUAUUUCACUCAUGGACUUACGGAGAAUACUUCCAUUUUUGGUUGCAAACUAUAAAUACAUACUGCAAUGAUGGAAUGACACAAAGUGAUCCGAAAGACACAACAGAAAUCAAAGACUCCACGGCGAAUGCAAAUUUACAGCCGAUUAUUCUUAUUGCCUCCCAUAAAGACAAGCUGCAGGUCAGAACUUGUAACCCAUCCGAAACAUUUUACAGCCAGUUGGAAAGGUGUUUAUCUAAAGAACAAACACUAAAACGGCUUAUAUCACCAUAUCGAUAUUUUGAAGUAGAAUGCCCACCUGGAGCAUUGACUCAAAGACAACAAAUGACAAUUGACUGUGUUAAGAAAUGUAUCGUAGAAACUGUACAAAAUCUACAACAUUGGGGGGAAAAAGUUCCUUUGAAAUGGUUUGAACUUGAAAAAAUUCUGAAUAAUGAAAAAGCUAAUGGGAAAAAAGUCAUAUUGAAGUCACAAUUCAGAAAAACAGCAAAAUACCAUGCAAUAGAUGAAGAUGACCUCAAUGAUGUUCUUCGUUUUUUACAUGAAAUAGGAAAAAUCUUAUACUUUUCUGUAAAUAAACUUAAGGACACAAUUAUCAUAGACGUUCAGUGGUUUGUUGAUGCAUUCAAGUACAUCAUAACUGACGAAAAGCAUUUUGCUCGGAAAGACAACAUAAACCCACUAGUUAAUACCGGGAAAAUUACUGGACAAUACAUUAAAGAGAUAUGGAAAAAUAUACAUGUCAAUCCUGAUGUACCUUGUGCUGAUACGAAAGUAAGUAUUGAGACUGAUAGACAUCAUAAUUCUUUGUGGCAAUCUUACUUAAAUCACAAAGAUGAAAUUCUGCAAUAUAUGGACAAACUUGGCCUGAUGACAAGAAUUGAAGGACAUGUAGGCGCUCACAAUGAGGAGGAGAUGUAUUACAUUCCGAGCAUGAACCGAACCGACCUUUCUGAUGACAGUAAAGAUGAAAUCAGAGAACAACAAAAAUCAGCAAUGAUGUUGUACUUUUUCAAGACUUAUUUACCCCAUUUUUUCUUCUUUCGAUUGGUGGUAAAGUGUUUAAAGAAAUGGAAAGUUUGCGAUGAAAAUUCUUUUUAUAAAAAUGCUGCAUUUUACAAGGCAGAAGAUGCUGGCCAUUAUUUUGUCAUCGCCGUCAGCAAAACAUCCAUCCAGGUACAAAUUUUUACGCGUGAUGAAACCGUAAAUCUGGAUGAAGAAUGCGUCAAGAAAAUCAGGCAAACAGUGGAAGAAUUUAUAAAGGAAAUAACAGAAACCUUUCACAGGGGAAUUAUCUAUGAUAUGGGUUUUUCAUGCGGCGACAUAAAAAUUACAGAUGAAGAUGAAGAAUUCUUUUUGAAGGAGACAGAAAUUAAACGUGAAAUUGGAAAUUCGAAUGAAAUAACUUGUCCAAAACAUUUUCGUGGUAAAUACAAACACAAAAUCGAUACAUGUAAAAUACUUAUGUGUUUGUUCGAGAGAACGUCAACUUUAAUUUCAAGUGACAAUUAGAACGUUUUUUCAGACCUUUAAAAAUUUUAUCCUAUUUUGGAAAAAAAGGAAUGUGCUUCUGUACAUUGCACGUUAUUUCCCGAGGGACAAAAUGCAAAAAGACACACAAUUAAAAGUUAAUAAAGUAUAUCCUUACCAUA